AUGAGUGGAAUUCAUCGGUUCCUGACGCGUCGCGAUCGGCACAAUAAGUUGAACAAGCAAAGCAAAGAAGAGGCAUCCCAUAUCCUUUCACGUCCUCUGUUCCAUGGAAUCUUCAAGUCGGAGACUUCACUGGCAGAUAAUCACGAUCAUCAGAAGAAGGUCAAAGCCCUUGCUCAACGAAUUAAACAACUGGGAAUCACUGCCUUACAGGAAGAUCACAUUAGUUAUGCAUUGCAAGCUACACAAGGCGAUACAGAGAAAGCAUUCGGCCUGCUACUUCUACUAGAGGACUCAAUUGAGGGCAUCAUCAGGAAUUACACACCCAACACCAAGCUCCUAGGUGCAGAGAAUCGCCAAGGUGUCACAUGCUACCUAGAUGCAUUGUUGUUCGCCAUGUUUGCCCGUCUCGAUUGUUUUGAAGCCAUUCUAUACAAAUCGUUUAAUGAUGAGCCUCGUCGAAAGCUUGUGAUCCUUCUAAGGCUAUGGGUGAAUCUGUUACGAUCGGGGAAGCUUAUCACCACAGAUAUGACAAAACACCUACAGGAUGCCCUAGCAGAAUGUGGCUGGGAAGAUGCGGCCAAACUUCAGCAACAGGAUGCUUCGGAAGCAUUCACUUUCAUCACCGGAAAGUUAGAGCUGCCGCUUCUCACAUUGAAGAUGGAUAUUUUUCAUACUGGAAAGGAGGAUGCAAGUGAUGACCAUAAGUUCAUCAAUGAGAGACUUCUCGAGGUUGCCAUCCCGCCUGAGCCAACCGAUGGACAUUCACUCACGCUAGAAGACUGUCUGGAAGCUUAUUUCAAUAACAUCAUUGAAGUCAAACGACACAUGGAACGACGCAACACCGCGAGAGAUUCAAUGGAUUCACUCUCCAUAUCCAAGGGAUCCACUUCACAUGUUGAAAUAGUGGAGGUUGAGAGCACACCCACUAUGUCUCCUGUUCAAUCAACUACGUCGCGGGUCGAAAAGCCAACCCCCUGGUCAUCGUUUGAUGAGUUCACUGAAUCCCUCGCGGCAUCUCGGGUACCGGGUCGAAAUGGUAGUAUUGUUCGAGAGCGGUUCUUUCCGGAUAGUGAUCCUACAAAGACAGAUCCGAAUCCGGAGAAAGUUACCAAUGCAGAUCAAGAUACUACUGGAGAUACGCAACAGCGAAGGGGUUCAUACAAGAAAGAGGUAAUGAUGCCUGCGUGGCAAUUCUUCAGUUUGAUACCAUGGUAUACCGAUAAUACGCCAACAAACGAUGCGCAAGUUGCAGCACACUUUUCCACAAAACGGCCCAUUCUUGGGAUGUGCCUAAAACGCUAUUCCUUCUUGCCAAAUGGGAGGGCAGUCAGACUCAAUACACACAUUGAUAUCCCAACUGAGAUCGGCCUGCCUCACUUCAUCCAAGACGACAACAUGGAUGCGAAUGCUCCCAUUUAUGGGAGCUUUAAACUAUCUUUGCAGGCUCUGGUUUGCCACAGGGGGAACUCGGUUGACUCGGGACAUUACAUUUCCAUUGUUCGAGGCACCAGUUGCCCCAAUUCUGCCACAGGCCCGGAAUCCUCGGAGACAUCAAAACACUGGAUGCGGUUCGAUGAUCUCGCCGCAGAACGAGUGACGCUGGUUGACAUUGAUCAAGCAUUGAAGACCGAGUCUCCCUAUCUUCUGUUCUACCAAAUUCUUCCGAUCGGCGCAGACCCAGCUGCGCCCAACAUUCCGAACCCACCAUCGUCUCGGGCGUCAGACGGCAGUACACUAGGCGACCAAACAGAUUUCAGCAUGGAAGACUUUUCUUCUGACCGACCAAGUGUUGAGGUCACAGGGCCAGGCGAGAAUAAUGCGCCAACAUUAGCCAGUAUCGCAAGGCGACCUAGCAUGGCAUUCUCAGAAAUCAGUAACCCAGCUGGUCUUCAGCCGCGCUCUAUUCCGUCCUCAUCGCCUAGGCUGGCACCGACGGAAGAAGGAAGCCCAAAGGAGAGCACAAAGGGUGGAUCUCGAUCGACCAGGGGUAGCCCCGGAAGCCGUGCUGGCAGCCAAACGAGUGAAAACAGAAUCAGUGCCACUUUUUCACGCUUUGCUGAACGGCUUAGUCGGGAUAAGAUUAGCAACGACGGAUUUACUGAAGAAAAUGGAGAGGAUGAGUCCGCAUUGGAGAUUGAUGACACUGUGGACGAUACGAAAUUCGGACAUGAGCACAAGGAGAAGCGUGGGAGAGGCCGAACGAAGGAUCGCGAGAGGAAUAAAGGGAAGACCAAGGAGAAAUCCAAGGAGAAGAACAGGAAAAUAGAUCGGGAAUGUGUAGUGAUGUGA